AUGGCUCCUGCGCCGCGGCCUCAGAGGGAGAGGUGGAGGGAGGAGAGACAACUGCCGGCUUCAGAGUGCAGGGAGGACCCGGAGACGUGCCUCCGGCGAGGAGUGCUGGUGCGCAUUCGCGGCCUCCAAAGCCCGGAAGGCUCCCGGCUCAACGGGCAGCUGGGGCGAUGCGCCCGUUUUGAUGAAAAGACGGGGCGCUGGGGAGUGAUCCUCGGGGACGGUCAGACGAAGGCCCUCAGAGCCGACAACAUAUUCUCCUUCGAUGAGUACUUGAAGGUGGCUCACGAAGGGCGGACGCCCGUGGAUAUUGGACCCUUCAUGAACGAUUUCUUGACAAACCCCAAGUAUGAUGCGCCGGCAGGGGCGGCUGGCUACAAGAGUCGAGCAGGGCUUUCACCACAAGAGCGGCUUCAACAGUCGUAUGACAAGGCCCAGCGUGAAGGUCGAAGAGCAAGCCCUCGAUUGAGCAGAGACGAGGAAAAGUCUGGGAAAUUCUCGCCUUUUCUCGUAAAGCAGGUGGAGCUGCAAGCGGGCUCCAUAGAGCUGGGAAUCAUCGCUCCAAAAAGCCAGGACUCCCGGCGGCCGAUCCCUACCAUCCUGGCGAUUUCAAGAGGCGAGCAACGUCAUAUCGCAAAGCUUUUCCGAGCUCUGCGCGCGGAAGAACACGGAUGGCAACUGCUGGUGCCAAUGCGCACGGCGAACAGUCCUGACUUCUUUGAGCCGGCCGGCCAGACUAUCUUGGAGCAGCUUAUGAAGGCUGUGCUGGAGGAUCGAGAGAGUGACAUCAGCCCCUUUGGAGCCAUGAGCAAUGUGUUCCACCUCGUGGGCAUCAGCCAUGGUGCGGCUGCCUUGCUGUCCUUGGCCUGCAGAGUCCCCGAGCAAGUUGGCUCCCUGACGCUCAUCCAGGGUUUUCUGCCGCAGCUUUGCGAGGUCCAGGCCCUCAGAAACAUGGAGAAUAUCCAUUUCUACGUCGGCGAUCAGGAUGAACUUGGCCAUCGCGAGUAUCUCCGAGGCAUCAAGGAAUCCCUCAAGGAAGCGGGCGGCCGCGCCCACACACAUGUCGUCAAGGGUGCAAGCCAUUAUGACAUUGACAAGUUCAUGGACUUGGAGGAUCUCUGGAAGCGACUGGAGCUGGCUCGAUGA